UACAAUAUCAAAAUGGCCGCAUUUUAGUCUUCAGUGAUACGACUCUCUUUGCUGUUUGCCAAUAAGCUAAAACGGAAUUCAUUAACAAUAAAUAAUAACUUGCGGGUUAACCAGUGGCAUAGUUUAUCAUCAGUGGUGGGUUAUCGAGUUGAUCUACUCGUUGAUAGGAGCAUCAGUGAUAAACUUCAAUAGUGAGACAUUCGGAUGAUGUUACGGCAUCAGCAUCACUCGAUGCAAAAUCAGUUGAGAGAUCAGAACAGGAUGGCUGGAGGUACGCGUCAGAUGCCGCAGGGGAACAUGAUGCCACCGCAUCAGCCACCCCCUCACAUGCAUCUGCAUAGGGGUGUCCAUGCGCCCCAUCAUCAGCAGAUGAUCUCCCAGCCCAUGCAUCACAUACAGCACACUGGCCCGAGGCAGCCACUCCUGAUCGGUACAAACGUACAGAAUCCGAAUGGAUAUUGGCGCGUUUUAACCUUCUCCCUCGUACUGGUACUCGCAAGUGGUGGUGUGGAAGCGAAGUCACAUCGAUCAAUGUUAGACUUUACCCUCGAUAAUUUGGAUCUGUUGUUCGGACCAACGGGGUGCAUUGAAGGCACCCUGGUAAGCAUCGACGGGAACAGACAGACGGAUGGUGGUGUAGUACUGCAAGGUCAAACAGUCGUGCAGUAUACCCACCAAGGAUCCCACCAACAGCCCCAACAAAAUCAGCAGCUCCCCCAGUCCUCAAACCCCGACUCAAAGUCCCCAAACCAGGAAAGCCCCCACUCUCGGGAUCACAGUCCGUCCGACAAGAAUCACGCCAAUGCCACCAACAACUUGGCAAACAUGAAAGAGAAGACACCAAUGUGCUUGGUAAACGAACUAGCUCGUUUUAACAAAAUUCAGCAUCAGUACAGACUCACAAAUGAACAAGGUCCAGCUCACAAAAAGCGUUUCACAGUAACAUUGAAAUUGGGUGAAGAGGAGUACGUGGCUGAUGGUCCCAGUAUAAAAAAGGCUCAGCACAGUGCAGCAACAGAGGCAUUAACAAAAACCUGGUACAGACAGCCACCGCCCAAACCGAGAGGCAUGAGAAUUCACCAGGGUAAGAGUCCCACAGGUACAGGAAAUUUUACAGGACAUUUACCCCCGACAGUUGAACUAAAUGCAUUAGCAAUGAAGAGGGGAGAACCCACUAUUUACACAUUUAAGCACGCACCACCAGCCAACCCCCAGCCAUUUGUGAGCCACCAGUACGGAAACAUUCCUAAUCACCUGAGAAUCUUCAACCCACCCUAUCCACAGAUGAACCGCCCAUACCACCCUAAGUCCGAGGGUCUUUUCUUAGUGACAUUGAAAGUUGGGGAGAGAGAGUUCAUUGGAAAAGGGGUGACUGCCCAGGCGGCUAGACACGAUGCGGCGAGCAGAGCACUCGAGCAACUGCGACAGCUGCCACUUCCUGAAGAAGUCAGCACAACUGUCACUGAGAAUGGAACGACAACAGGUGUUGAGGAUCCCAAUGCUGAGCUGAAGAGUCCUGUUUCUUUGGUACAUGAGACUGCUUUGAAGAGGGGACUCUCGGUGAGUUUUGAGGUGGUUUCAGAAAGUGGAAAGCCACACAUUAGAACAUUUACGACUAAAUGUAUUGUUGGAGAGAAAGUGACUCUUGGGGAGGGAUCAUCGAAGAAGGUUUCGAAGAAACGAGCAGCUGAACUCAUGCUUGAUGAACUUAAGAGACUUCCUCCCAUACCUGGCAGUAUGCAGAAUAGAGCAAUCAGGCUGAAGAGAAAACCACCGGCCACUAAGAAGAAGUCACGUAAUUUGAUUAAGGAUUAUCAAGAGCCUAGAUCUGAGACGGAAACAUCGGACGAUGUUAAUCCGAUAUCGCGUUUAGUACAAAUACAACAGGCUAAGAGGGAGCGAGAACCAGUUUACACGUUGAUUGAGGAGAAGGGUGCACCGAGGAGGCGGGAAUUUCUCAUGGAGGUCUCGAUAGGGCAGCAUUCGGCGCAAGGGAUUGGACCGAAUAAAAAAUUGGGGAAACGUGCCGCUGCCGAGGCACUUUUAGCGCAGUUGGGGUACAGUAAACCGCAGACCCAACCAACUAAGCCGUCGAUCAAGACUGCGGACAGCGACAAUUCUACUUCUGAGAGUAAACCGAGGAAGGUGACUUUUUUGGAGGAUGAUCUUAAGGUGCAGACACAGGAGGAGCCGCAGAGUCAUGGGGGUUCACUUGGACGUCAGUUAGUGCCAGGUCUAUUACUGGUAGACGGUGGACAAGACUCUAAAUUAAAUUCCGGUCCAAGUGUUCAAGCAGUGGCUGAAGAGCUUCGAGAGCAGCAACAGAGCAGCCCCUCUGGUAUUUCUCCAAAGGAGCAAUUGAAGUACCUAGCCCAGUUGCUGAACUUCGAGGUUGAAUUCAGUGAUUUUCCAAAGACUUUUCAGGGCGUGUACAAGGAGUAUCUCUCGCUGGUCUCCCUCAGCACUGAUCCACCCCAAGUCUGUCAUGGUCAUGGCCCAACGACCAGUGCCAGUCGUGACCAGGCUGCACUGACAGCCCUCUGCACUCUCAGCAAACUCGGUCUCGACAGUGUCACCAACACCCAGAACAAGAAGGACAAAGCAGCGACUAAUGAUGCCAUCAAUCAUAUUAAUAAUCAGGCGAAGCAUAAUGUUCUUAAUCAAGCGAUCGAGAAGUAACCAAGCAAAAUGGCUUCCUCAAUGCACAAACCCCUCGUGCAUCUAAUGCUUUCAUUCUUGGAGUUUGUACCAACUUAUUUGUGUUCAACUCUAGCCCCAUCGUCUCUUGAAUUGUAACUUAUGAAUUGAUACCAUUAAACGUUUUAUGAAAUGGAGAAGACAAAAUAGUAAUUAGAGGUAAUAAUCUACGAUUCGCCUUCUUUGUUGCUUUAUGAUUUACCAGCAAAAUUGAAUCUGAAUUUUGCACAAUAACAAUUAUAAAACAACGCCCUGAACCGUAGUCUAUCACCGCAAAUUGAGGAAAUGAACGAGCAAAAUUUAAAUAGGUAAAUGGGGAAUUUCUUGUAACGAUUUAUGAUAAAUGAUAAUGUUAUAGAGCACUUUUUUGGAUGACCCCGGAUGCCUCUGUUUCGAGGUAAGGAAAUCAGGGACAGUAAAAUGAUUAUCGUCGGUAUUUCUCAUGGAAAUAGUUUAUUGUUUUUUUAAUGAUGCUUUUCCCUUAUUUCCUCACUGCAUCAGAGGGGGGAUGGACGAGUGUUUAUUGGAAAUUACCCGGUGUUAUCCAAACCAGUCUUAUUAUUAUUCGUAUAAGCCUAAUAAAUUAAAUGAAAAAUAAAAUGAAAAGGAAGAAAAAUAAAAGGUCAGCGCAGAUGCUAGACUUUUGCCAAGAAAUACAUGUGUAUAGAAGGAUUUAUUUAACCCCAUGUUACCUUUAAUUACUCUCAUUUAUGGAUUGUCGAGGUAUUUCACUAUGUUUUGACCUGUAUUAGUUGUAAUCAUAUGCUGGAUUCCCGAUGAAUAAAUUCACACACACAGAUUUUAUA